CUUACCCCUCUCGCCCCGCACGCGGCACGCCAACACCAUACCCAGCGAUACCUAUGUCAAACACCGCAUACAACCCACAUCCGCCUGUGAUCCAGGCAGGCUCGAUAACGGCGCCAGCGUACGAGUACGCGUCCGUGCCUCCAGGCGAGCUCGGUGUUCCGAACAUGGACAACGACUGGUCGGCGUCGCGCACCACGCUCGCCGAUGGGAUGGCGAUCAACCGUGGCGGCACGCCGCCUCCCAACAAGGAAGAGCAGAAGGCGCUCCGGUCGAGCAUGGGCAUCGACUUGCAGUCGAUUCGGCAUCCGGAGAGCUGGCGGGACCUAGUCCCGGCGUUCGUCAUCGCGUUUAUUCUUGUAAUCGUAAUCGUCACGGAGGUGUUCAAAAAGCAGAUCCUCGAGGCCCUCGCGCCUGCCGCCACGUGGCUAUUGGCAACGCCGGGAGGAUGGGCCAUUCCGAUUGGCAUCCUCGUUGUUAUGUCUUUCCCUCCUCUGUUCGGCCACGAGUUCGUUGCCAUUUUCUGUGGUAUGGUCUGGGGUCCUGGUAUUGGGUUUGGUAUCGUGUGCGCGGGCACGAUCGUUGGCGAGACGUUGAUGUUCCUCAUAUUUAAGUACGCCCUUCACUCGUACGGCGAGAGGGCCCAACGGAAGAGCAUCUCCUUUGCCGCGUUCUGCAAUGUUAUCAGGAAGGGUGGCUUCCGCGUCAUCCUCGCUUCACGUUUUAGCGCUGUUCCUCCCCACUUUACUACUGCCGUUUACGCAACAUGCCAAGUAAAACUCUGGCAGUUCCUCCUCGCGGCGGUUCUCUCCCUGCCGAAGCAGCUCGCGUCGGUCUUCAUCGGAUACGAUCUCAAAUUGUCAGCUGAUGGUCAGAGUAGCAAGCUCGCCAACAUCGUCACGUACGCCGUCCUCGGCAUUACUGUCGUGGUCACGAUCGCGGUGAUGCGUCACCUCCGCCAGAAGACUGCGCAAGAGACGGAGGCCGUCGUGUACCAGCGGCGCAAAGCGAGACAAGCAGCCGAGCUCAAGUCCAACUACACCGCCCAGCCGUACGACCCGUACUACAACGGUGGAAGCGACAACGGCCAUGCGCGCCAAGCCAGCACGGCGCAUUUGUUGGGAAAGCCAGAGAACUCGAACAUGGUCUGAGUCAACGUCUGGUCUUAUUACUCAUUUGACUCUUGUUAUCUUUUGUUCAUUCAUACCCGGACUCUCGCUAUAUUUACUGACUCGUGUAUUUAUCGUCAUUCAUACACAUUCG